UCCAUCCAUGAGCUGCUGGAGUCAGGGCCCGUUAUACACGAGGAACUCCCAUCAGCUUAUCCGCUGUUAAUUAUAGCCAGCGACCUGGUUUCAGCACUGCAGGGACUCAACAGCUCCACUGGAACUAAAGCCCUUGCGCUUAUAGAGGAGAGGCGCUGAGAGCGCGCGGCAUCCUGCCAACCCCAGCGCGCUUCACAAAACCAAACCAACGGCGCGUUUAUCUUCACAGAGGACAACAGAGAGAGCGAGAGAGAAAACAUCUGAACCCCAGCUGAAGGAUGGCGUCAAAACGCGUAGGGAUUGUGGUUGUCCUUGCUGUAAUAUCGCAGAUCAGCGCGUUUCCCACACCUGCCGGACCCGACGAUAAGAGCAUGUAUAACCGAGAGCUGACUGAAGAGAAGCCAUUAGAACAGCAGAUUGCAGAAGCUGACAGCAUCAAGAAGGCAGAACCCAAGCCAACGCCACCAGCUGAGGCAGAGUCAAACUCUGAGGACGAUGACAUCACUUUCCUUAAGUCUCUGGCUGAGAAGUCCAAAGAGUCAAACAACGAGACUCCCAUCUCAGAUUCUGUGGAUGAGCGAUACGGUACUGAUGAGGCCGACACUACCAAAAACAGAAGACUGGCCGAUGAUUAUGACUCUACUAAGAAUGGAAUGGACUACAAAUACCAAGAUGAUCCUGAAAGUUUUCGGCAGCUGGACGGGACCCCUCUAACAGCUCAUGACAUCGUCCAGAAAAUCGCCAACAAAAUCUACGAAGAGGAUGACCGAGGAGUAUUUGACAGAAUUGUGUCUAAACUGCUCAAGCUGGGUCUAAUCACAGACAGUCAGGCAGAGACACUGGAGUAUGAAGUUGCUGAAGCCCUGCAGGAUCUGAUCACCAAAAAUGCCAAAGAUAACAUGAUUGGAGACCUCAGUAUGGACUACCCUGUUAAUUCUGUGAAAGACACACAAAACAAUAUGGAUGAGGAAGACAGGCCCAGUCGACGAUAUGAUGAUGAGGAUGAAGGUGAUGAUGAUAAUGGUGGUGAUGAUGAUAAUGGUGAUGAAGAACGGGAGGAUGAGAUUAGAGAUGACACAGUGAGGGCUGAAGACUCAUGGGACGCCGUGAGCGAUGGGAAUGACAGAAACGAACUGAACCCUGAAGAUGGACUGCAGGACCUUCAGUUCUUCCCCAACUUCUACAGACUCCUCAAGAGCCUCGACUCAGAGCAGGAUAAAGAGGAGAGAGAAACCCUGAUCACCAUCAUGAAGACUUUGAUCGACUUUGUGAAGAUGAUGGUCAAAUAUGGAACCAUCACACCUGAAGAAGGAGUUUCUUAUCUGGAAAAUCUGGAUGCAAUGAUUGCCCUGCAGACCAAGAACAAGCUGGGCAAAUCUCUGGUUCCUCUUAGCAUUACACCCCCUACAGGAAAAGCAUUGGAUGAUGAUGACAACACCAAAACAGAAGCUGCCAACAUGCAGAAGGAGUAUGAGACUCUCAAAGACUCGACCAAAGACGUCCAGACUGCUGCUGAAAUCAGUGACAACAUUGCACAUGAGAAACUGCUACAUUUCUGUACUGAUCAGUUCCUGUGUUCUGUUGAAGAUUAUGACCUCUCCAAGCUGAGGGACUUCAUGGACCAGCAGGUGGACGCAUACAUCGACAAAGGCAUCCUUGAGAAGGACGAAGGUGACGUGAUCAAGAGAAUCUACGGUAGCCUGUAGGAACCACAAGUCCAGCUUCACAUGUAAUAGUGUAACAGUUAGACUAUCUACUAAAUACUUGGACCGGGCAUACUAACACAGAUCCUAAUGCUUUAACUCCUAAUAAACAAGAUUUAGUCUGCAACUCAGACAGUAUUUCUGCAGAAUAAUUCCCUUCAGAAGGCAAUAUCCUCUCAGUGCUGUCAGCAAUAGAACACAAUGUAGUUCUAGAUAAGCCACAAAUCACAUUUGAGUUGUAUGUGUUCUUAUGCAUUAGGACAGAAUAACAGCACUGGCUACUAGAAGAAUGAAAUUCGGUGGAUUUUUCGGUAUGACUUGCAAAUCAGUGAAAAUAGAAGCUUUUGCACCUGUCCCUCUUUUGCAAUAGACUUUUACAGCAUCAUAUGCAUAUACUGUAUCUGUACGCAAUAUUCAUUCAUGUAUGGUGUUUAGCAUUUUCUCUUAUUUGAUGAAGCAGAAGAAUCUGUAUUAUUGUUUCUCAACCAACCAACCAACCAACCAAAAAAAAAAA